AUGGGACUCUUUGGACGCAAGAAGGAGGCCGAGUCUCCAACCGAGGCCGCCUCGCCAGACGUUGAGACUUCUUCCCCCGAGAAGAAUGCUACCAUCACCAACAACGGACCCCCGGCCUACGAGCACUCCGGAGAUAUCAUCGGCGAGAAGUCGCCCGGUGUCGUGAGAAUCGAGGCUCUCACCGCCGCCAUCACUCGCACUGACCGCAUCUUCAUCUUCUUCGGCGUUUUCCUCGUCGCCUACGCCUACGGCCUCGACGGCACCCUCCGCUACGCGUACCAGCCCACGGCGACCAACAGCUACGCCACGCACUCCCUCCUCGCCACUGUGAACGUCCUCCGCUCUGUCAUCGCUGCUGCUGCCCAGCCCACCUCCGCCAAGAUUGCCGAUGUCUUCGGCCGUGUUGAGCUCAUCUGCGUCUCUGUGCUGUUUUACGUCGUUGGCACCAUCGUCGAGACCUGCGCAACCGAGGUCAAGGCAUUCGCCGCUGGCGCUGUCAUCUACCAGGUCGGCUACACCAUGAUCAUGCUGCUUGUUGAGGUCAUCAUCGCCGAUAUCACCUCGACCCGUGCUCGUCUGCUGUUCAGCUACAUCCCUGCGCUGCCGUUCAUCAUCAACACUUGGGUCAGCGGCAAUAUCUCGGCGUUGGUGUUGACCAACAGCACCUGGCAAUGGGGCAUUGGCAUGUGGUGUAUCAUCUACCCCGUCUGCGCCCUCCCCCUGAUUAUCAGUCUGUCCAUUGUCGGUCGUCGUGCCCGGAAGCAGGGCCUGCUCGACUCGUAUGCGUCGCCCUUCCGGAUGCUCGGCCCCAAGAAGUUUCUCUCCGAGCUUUUCUGGCAACUGGACGUCAUCGGCAUCGUCUUGGUCAUUGCCAUCUUCGCCUUGAUCUUGGUUCCCUUCACCAUUGCCGGCGGCUUCACUUCGUCUUGGCACGAGGCUCACAUCAUUGCGCCCCUCGUCAUUGGUAUCCUGUGCAUCCCUGUCUUCAUUCUGUGGGAGCGCAAGGCCAAGCACCCCCUGGUCCCCUUCUACUUGAUGAAGGAUCGCGGCAUUUUGGCCCCUCUGGGAAUCGCCUUGGGCUUGAACUGGGCAUGGUACAUGCAGGGAGACUACCUCUACACCGUCUGUCUCGUUGCCUUUGACUUCAGCGUCACGGAGGCCACCCGCAUCACGUCCUUAUACUCAUUCUGCAGUGUCAUUACUGGCUUCAUCCUUGGCUUCAUCGUAUUCAAGGUUCGCCGCCUCAAAUACUUCAUCAUUGCCGGUACCAUGCUUUUCAUGGUUGCAUUCGGUCUCUUGAUCCACUACCGUGGUUCUCCUUCCGGUCAGAGCGGCGUCAUCGGUGCUCAAGUCCUUCUUGGUAUUGCGGGUGGUAUGUUCCCGUACCCUGCGCAGGCCUCCCUCCAGACUAGUCUCAAGCACGAGCACCUCGCCAUCAUGACCGGCCUGUACCUUGCCACCUACAAUAUUGGCUCCGCCUUCGGUAACACCAUUUCCGGCGCCAUUUGGACGCAAGUUCUGCCCUCAACCCUUCAGGAGAACCUUGCGCAAUUCAACAACGAAACAUUGGCCACGUAUAUCUACGGUCAGCCUUUGUCUGCCAUUAUCGAUUAUCCCGUAGGCACGCCCGAGCGCGCGGCCAUCAUCGAGUCCUACAGGCAUGUGCAGCGACUGCUCACCAUCACAGGCAUCUGCCUGACGGUCCCUCUAAUCGCUUUUGCUUUCCUCCUGAGGAACCCCAAGUUGAACGACGAGCAGACGUUGGCUGUGGAGGAUAACAUUCCCGCCCGCAGCGGGGAGAAUAAUAACGAAGUGGCCACCAAGAUCUAA